GCAACCUCGAAGGGUGUGAAUGGUCACUAUAGGACGGUGACAGCGUGGGGCAGACAGGACAGCAUCGUCUACCGUCCCUCGCCUUGCAGCUGGCGGUGGACCACAAUGCAACAAGUUUUGGAAUAUGCAUUGGAUCGAGCCGAGUACAUUGUUGAAAGUGCUCGACAGCGGCCAGCCAAAAGAAGACUUACAUCCGGCGGGAGGAAGAGUUUGUAUCAGAAGCUCUAUGAGCUGUACAUAGAGGAAUGUGAGAAAGAGCCAGAGUUAAAGAAUUUGAGGAGAAAUGUCAAUCUACUGGAGAAGCUGGUGUCCCAGGAGUCUGUAUCAUGUCUGGUGGUCAACCUUUACCCUGGGAAUGACGGCUAUUCUUUAAUGCUCAGGGGCAAAAAUGGAUCUGAUUCUGAAACAAUCCGUCUGCCAUAUGAAGAGGGAGAACUGCUGGAGUACUUAGAUGCUGAGGAGUUGCCUCCUAUUCUGGUGGACCUAUUGGAGAAAUCCCAGGUCAACUUCUUCCACUGUGGCUGUGUAAUAGUAGAGGUGAGAGACUACAGGCAGUCUGGAAAUACCAAAAUGCCGACUUACCAGAGCAGACACAUCCUGCUGCGGCCAACCAUGCAGACUCUGACCUGUGAUGUCCAUGCCAUGACUAGUGACCACCACAAGUGGUCACAGGACGACAAAUUGCAGCUGGAGAGUCAGUUGAUUUUGGCCACAGCUGAGCCUCUGUGUCUGGACCCUUCCAUUUCGGUCACCUGCACAGCCAACCGCCUGCUAUACAACAAACAGAAAAUGAACACUCGCUCCAUGAAACGGUGUUUCAAGAGACACUCUCGAGCUGCUCUGAACAGGCAGCAGGAGCUGUCCCACCUGCCCAUACCACCACAGCUUCGACUCUACGACUACCUACAGAGGAGGAAGGAGAGGAAACCUGCUCCCGUCAUAGACCUGAAGAUCUCAAAGAUCGGAAAUUGUGUCGACAUGUGGAAGCAGAGCAACUGCCAACUAACUGUACCGAAGGAAAUUGAUGUGGAAAAGUACGCUGUGGUGGAGAAAUCCCUGCAACUGGAGGAUUCUCAGCCCACUACUGUGAUCUGGCCUGCUGAGGAAGUUAUAGAUGACUACACUUUCGAGUGUGAGGUGGGGGGCCAAGCACAGAGGACCAAGGUGUCAAUCUUCCAGGCGAUGGGAGAUCCACUAGUUUACGGGAAAAUCUACUGUGCGAAAGAACCAAAAGCAGAGGAGGACAGCACAGACCUGAAGCUCAUACAUCCCCCAUUCCUCAUAGGCUCGAAGAUCGAUGCAGACCGGUUUCUUACUCAGUACAAAGGAGUGUAUGAGAAAGAUGUGAAGUGUCAGGUCAAGAUGUCCCAUAACUCAGGCAGCGUGGGACAGGCGCCUCCCUCCCCCAGCAAAGAUGAGGGUGAAGGUAUUUCUCCACAAGUCCAGACGUCUUUUUUGGGAAAAGGGGUAAAGCACAGACCCCCUCCCAUCAAACUGCCUUCAGGAUCGGGCAGCAGCUCCUCAGGUAAUCCAUAUAGUUCACAAAUCACCAGUGGUCUGCUCAAGUGUCCUACUCCCCCUCCAGCCAAAAGCCAGUCUCUGAACAGGAAGCACUCUAUGGAGCUGAGCCUGCUGUCGCCUGCUUCCCUGUCGCCCAUGGGCUCCACACAGAGGUCGGGAACCCCAAAGCCAUCCACGCCCACGCCCACCAACACGCCGUGUUCCACCCCUCAUCCCACCGACUCCCUAACUGCUCCUCUCUCGCUGACCCCCACCCCCUCAGACCCUCCCCUGCUUCAGAGCCAGUCGCAGCCGGCCCUGCUCACCCCUUUCACGCAGCAGCAGCUGGCUCUAAGCCAGCCGCUGCCCGUCAUGACCAUUCCUCUGCCCACCAUGGGUACGUCCAUCACCACAGGAACCACCUCGUCGCAGGUCAUGGCCAGCCCCACAGGGCUGAACUUCAUCAACGUGGUCAGCUCUGUCUGCAGUCCUCAGAACCUGAUGAGCGGCUCCAACCCCAUGCUCGGUGCAGGCCUUAACCUGGGUGGGAUCCUGCCACCUGGAGGCCUGAUGCCCACCAUGCAGUCCGCAGUACAGAGUGGGAGUCACUUUGGCCUGAACAGCAGCACCGGGUUGAGACCACUGAACCUCCUGCAGAUCCCCACUGGUCCUCUCAUCUUCAACUCUCUGCAGCAGCAGCAGCUCUCUCAGUUCUCCCCACAGCAGAGUCAUUCGGCGACCUCCAGUCCUCAACAGCAGGGCGAGACGGGCGACCAGGGGUCAGAUCAAAGUUUAGGAAACCAGCAAACGGCCGUCAUCAACCUGGGAGUCGGAGGCUUUAUGUCUCCACAGGCAGCAGUGCUGUCCCAGUUGGGCUGUGGGCUGGACGGGUCUGGGCGCCCGCUGCCUUCUCCAAGGCUUCAGCAGCAGCACCAGCCACAGAUCCAAUUGCAAUUCUUGCAGCACCAAAUGCAGCAGCAGCAAAUGGCUAUGGGAGCAGCGGCUCCUCAGGGGGGAGCACCACGGCAACAUACCGCCAGCCAGCCAAGAAGUAAGAGGAAGAGGAGCACGCCACAGCCCCUCCCUAAAUCAUGACAGACUCAAAAUCACACUAACAAAACACAAGAACAUGAAUGAUCCAUACUGUGCUCUUUGUCUGUCUCACUGUGGAGGCUGCAGGCGAAAAAAAGACGUUUCAUUUGCCAUUUGUUUGUCUUUUUCUAGCUGACAAAUUCCUUUGUAAUGAUCGUCAGAGGUUUUGGAAAAACCCCAAACUGUAUCCACCAUGAAUUAUGGGCUUUUUUUUAGGACAGGGAGCCUUAGGCUUAAAGAACCGUAGUGAUAUUUUUACAGAAGAAGAAAAAUGGUUCUGGUAGUUUGGCUUCCUCAGUAAAACAUUGUCCCAUCAGGAAGACCAAUUCGUUUUGUGGCCUGAGAGGAUCAUGAAUGCACUGAGGAUUCCUCUGGAGCCUUCCUGGUCCUCACGCCUCUGACUGGUUGACCCCUCCCCCCUCCCCCUGGUAGAAACUGCCCUGUAAGCAAGGAUCCCAUCUGAGCUCAACACCAAAUCCUCCACACAGCCAUUACAUGUGAACAUGCAAAUCUGAUCCUGGAGCAGUGCCUGGGGGCAGCUCUCUACCUCUCAGUCUGUUGGAAGUCCUCCUUCUGUAGGCGACCCCGACACAGGGCUCAACCAAGGUCUCAAGAUCAACAUGCAAGAUGAUGAACCUGCUUUGGAACAGCACAUUUUGAAAAGGCUUUUCUUUUUAAAAUGAGAUCAGGAGCAAUGAGCGUAUUCUUACAAAACAUCAUUUGAGUGUGUGUGUGUGUAUGUGUGAGAUGUUUCCGGACACUAUGAAAUACUUUUUUAAGCAGUCUUUGUCAGCAGUUUUAUUGUUAUUAAAAAGAAUAUAUAUUGACAGUGGAAAAUACAGCUUUUAGAUAAAACAAAGCUUGGU